AUGAAUCGCGACAACAUUUUUGUGAUAAUGCAGGACACUGCCGACAACGGCCAGACAACCAUAUACCCAGAGGUGCACUACAUCUACUCCGAUGACAAUUUUGUGCCCGCCAUGGACGUCGUCGAGCAGCAGUGGGGGGAUGUGUCCGUGCUGGUCGACUUUGACGAGUCCGGGCGGGAAAUAGUGUCGUCGCAGUCGCUUUCUCCGGGGUGGCAAGUCCUGGAAACUCGAAUUGAGUCGCAGGCGUUGGACCGUGACCAGCCGUCGCGCCUGCUUAGUAUCACAGGCACAAAAUCCCGAGUGCCUACGGAUAUCCCUGAUUUGGACGGCAGCGUGCAGUCCCAGGUCGCCCGGGCCAUGCAGUUAGUCGAGAAUUUAGAGUCCCGGAACCGUGAAAUCAGAAAGCUGCUCGACACGCGUACCGAAUAA